AUGACAGCCGAGAGCCGGCUGCCACCGGGCCCCCCGCCGCCGCCCCCGCCGCUGAAGGCGGACGCGGUGCCGCCGGGAGAGGAGGCGGCGGCGGCGGCGGGGCCGCGGGGCGGGCGGCGCCGCCGCAAGCGUCCGGCGGAGCGGGGCAAGCCCCCGUACAGCUACAUCGCCCUCAUCGCUAUGGCCAUCGGGCAGGCGCCCGAGCGGCGACUGACGCUCGGCGGCAUCUACCGCUUCAUCACCGAGCGCUUCCCCUUCUACCGCGACAGCCCCCGCAAGUGGCAGAACAGCAUCCGCCACAACCUCACCCUCAAUGACUGCUUUGUCAAGGUGCCACGGGAGCCCGGCCGCCCCGGCAAGGGCAACUACUGGACGUUGGACCCUCACGCCCGCGACAUGUUCGAGAGCGGGUCCUUCCUCCGCCGCAGAAAACGUUUCAAGCGCAGCGCCCUCCCCCCCUCCCCGGCCUUCCUCGCCGAGCGCCCCGCCGCUCCCUGCCGCCUCCUCCCGCUGCCCGCCCCGCCGCCCCCCGCCGACCUGUCCCCGGCACCCGCCGCCUCCUCCUGCGCCUUCGCCACAGCCUUCCCCGCGCAGGGCUGCGCCUCCGCCGCUCUCUCCCACGCCUACGUCCCGCUGCCCACCGCUCCCGGGCCCUACGCGCCCGGAGGCCACGGGCCGCUGUACGCGCCGUCGGGGCGCAUCGUGCUGCCCGCCUCUUCGCCCGGCCCCCCCGCGCUCUACGGCCGCCGCUCACCCGCGCCCUUCCCGCCGCUGCCGCACGCCUACGGCGCCGCGGGGCAGCUGAGUGCCGCCGAGCCCGCACCGCGGCACGGCACCUACCCUGGAGGCCCCGACAGGUUCGUCCCGGCUCUCUGA